GCCCUGGGUCUCCCCAGCUCAUUCCCCGGUCGGGGCCGCAGGUGUGAUGGUCGGCUCCCACGCGGACAUGGCACCGGCCUCUACCGCAGAGGGGGCCGGGGAAAAGCCGGGCCCCGUGGCUCCUGCCCCCACGGCCCAGUAUGAGUGUGGGGAGUGCGGCAAGUCCUUCCGCUGGUCGUCCCGGCUCCUGCACCACCAGCGUACGCACACGGGCGAGCGUCCCUACAAGUGCCCCGACUGCCCCAAGGCCUUCAAGGGCUCCUCGGCCCUGCUUUACCACCAGCGGGGCCACACGGGCGAGCGGCCCUACCAGUGCCCCGACUGCCCCAAGGCCUUCAAGCGCUCGUCGCUGUUGCAGAUCCACCGCAGUGUGCACACUGGCCUGCGGGCCUUCACCUGCGGCCAGUGCGGCCUGGCCUUCAAGUGGUCGUCCCACUACCAGUACCACCUGCGCCAGCACACGGGCGAGCGGCCCUACCCCUGCCCGGACUGCCCCAAGGCCUUCAAGAACUCGUCCAGCCUGCGGCGCCACCGGCACGUGCACACGGGUGAGCGGCCCUACACCUGCGGCGUGUGCGGCAAGAGCUUCACGCAGAGCACCAACCUGCGGCAGCACCAGCGCGUGCACACGGGCGAGCGGCCCUUCCGCUGCCCGCUCUGCCCCAAGACCUUCACGCACUCGUCCAACCUGCUGCUGCAUCAGCGCACCCACGGCAGCGCCGCCGCCGCCCCCGCCCCUCCGCCGCGGGAGCCCGGCGGCAAGGUCUUGGUCUCCGAGGCCUACCUACAGCGGCCCCUCCAACCCCCCAGCCCGCCGGCGCCCCCGCCGCCCGCGCCCCCGCCCGUGGUGCCCGAGCUCUUUCUGGCCGCGGCCGAGACCACGGUGGAGCUGGUGUACCGCUGCGACGGCUGCGAGCUAGGCUUCGGCAGCGAGGAACUGCUCUUGGAGCAUCAGCCCUGUCCCGGGCCGGAGGCGCCGCCCCCGCCCGCGGACGCGCCCUCGGAGCCGCGGAAGGCCGGCCCUCCCCCGCCGCCCUCACUGUGCCCGCCGUCCCCUCUGCCGCAGCCCCCUCCCGCCGCCGCUGCCCCAGGCUUCGCCUGCCUCCCCUGCGGGAAGUCCUUCCGGACGGUGGCCGGCCUCUCCCGCCACCAGCACAGCCACGGGGCGGCCGGCGGGCAGGCGUUCCGCUGCGGCAGCUGUGACGGGGCCUUCCCGCAGCUGGCCAGUCUCCUGGCGCACCAGCAGUGCCACGUGGAGGAGGCAGCGGCCGGGCGCCCGCCCCCCCAGGCCGAGGCUGCCGAAGUCACCUGUCCCCAGGAGCCGCUCGCCCCCGUCCCCGUCCCGCCGGCGCCCGCGCCCGCCCCGGCUUCCGCGGAGCGACCCUACAAAUGCGGCGAGUGCGGCAAGGCCUUCAAGGGCUCGUCCGGGCUGCGCUACCACCUGCGGGACCACACGGGCGAGCGGCCCUACCAGUGCGGUGAGUGUGGCAAGGCCUUCAAGCGCUCGUCGCUGCUGGCCAUCCACCAGCGCGUGCACACCGGCCUACGGGCCUUCACCUGUGGCCAGUGCGGCCUUACCUUCAAGUGGUCGUCGCACUACCAGUACCACCUGCGGCUGCACUCGGGUGAGCGGCCCUACGCUUGCGGGGAGUGCGGCAAAGCCUUCCGCAACACGUCGUGCUUGCGGCGCCACCGGCACGUGCACACGGGCGAGCGGCCCCACUCCUGCGGCGUGUGCGGCAAGAGUUUCGCCCAGACCUCCAACCUGCGGCAGCACCAGCGCGUGCACACGGGCGAGCGGCCCUUCCGCUGCCCGCUCUGCCCCAAGACUUUCACGCACUCGUCCAACCUGCUUCUGCACCAGCGCACCCACUCGGCCGAGCGCCCCUUUGCCUGCCCCAUCUGUGGCCGCAGCUUUGUCAUGGCCGCCUACCUGCAGCGGCACCUAAGGACGCAUGCCCCGGCCAACGCCGCUUCUGGCCCCGCAGCCCCCGGCGCCGGCCCCCAGGCCCCUGCCCCACUGGCUGCCGCCCCAGCCCCGUCCGCCACCCAAGAUGUCCACGUUCUACCCCACCUUCAGGCCACGCUCUCCCUAGAGGUGGCAGGAGUCUCGGCCCAGGCCCCGCCCCCCGGCCCAGCAGCCCCCAACUCCCAGACGUUUCUCCUGGUGCAGACUGCUCAGGGCCUCCAGCUGAUCCCCAGCAGCGUCCAGCCCCCCACACCCCCGCCUCCCCCCGUCCCCCCCAAGCUCAUCUUGCUGCCCUCCUCCAGUACUGGUGGGGGGGGCAGCGGUGCAAGGCAGGGCCCACGGGCAGUGGGGAAAGCUGGGCAGGGGGCUGGAGUAGUCUGGCUGCCAGGCCCUGGGGGGCUAGGGGUGCAGGGAGGGAGCAACACCGGGGCCAGCGCGGGAGCGCAGAGCCUCAUAGUUCUGCAGAAUGUGGGGGCUGGGGAAGCAGGGCCGCAGGAAGUGAGCGGGGUCCAGCUCCAACCCCUUCGGCCAGCCCCGGAACUGACCACGGUCCAGCUCCAGCCGGCCCCGGAGGUGACCACGGUCCAGCUCCAGCCUGUAACGGGUCAGCUGUCCAAUUCCAGUGGGGGAGCCGUCACCACUGAGGCACCUAAUCUGCUGGUGGUUCAGAGUGGGGCAGCGGAGGAGUUGCUGGCGGACCCCGGCCCGGGGGAGCCCGGUGACGGUGAGGCCAGCACUGGUGUGGUCCAGGAUGUGCUCUUUGAGACGCUGCAGACGGAGGAGGGGCUGCAGAGUGUCCUGGUGCUGAGCGGGGCUGAUGGGGAGCAGACCCAGCUGUGUGUGCAGGAGGUAGAGACCUUACCCUCGGGGCUGGCUGAGCCGCCAACCCCUGGCCCCCCGGGACAGAAACUGCUCAUUAUCCGCAGUGCCCCGGCCACCGAGCUGCUGGAGAAUGGCAGCGUUGGGGGAGGCGCCGCUGCGCUGCAGCUGCUGGCCCCACCACCACCACCACCUGGCCCAGGCUCUGCUCCCGCGGGCGUCCCUGCGGCUUCUGCCUCCCAGAUGGUACAAGUGGUCCCUGCAGGAGCUGCACCUGGGGGCAUGACCCCACAGGGCCUACCCUCCAUCCAGUUUGUCCAGACUCUGCCCGCAGUCCAGCUGGUGCACACGUUUUGA